AUGGAGGUCAAUCGCCAACAAAAGUUAUGUAUAUGUUAUUCGCCGAUUUCAGAUCAACGACACGAUUUACCACCCCUGUACACAUUCGAAAAUUAUGAUGUUUGCUUUGUUAAUAACACUACCUCCUCCGAACUUGGUUCCACCUAUUGUAUGGUUUAUGCCGAAAUACAAGAAGAUAACAGCAAUGAUUUGUGGCAAAAAAUCAGGACGCAUAAUGCCUUUAAAUAUCACUAUCGAAAUGAUCGUUUAUUUUUUGGACUUUGUCUCAGUCGAUGUAUGGAAUUUAUGGAGAAUCAGCAGCUCACUGAUGGAAAUUUCACCAUUAACAAUGAUAUCACCCAAUUUUUCGAACAAGUACACAACCAGCCAUUGGAUCUUGAAAUACGUUCAAAGUAUUCUCGACUGAUUCAUCGGUGUUUGAAUGAAGAAUUCCAAAGAAAAUAUGGUUUGAAAUUGAAAACCUUUGUGGAAUAUUGUGAGCGUAGAAGACCAGGGGAAAUUGAUGGAGGGGAAAAGGAUAUCGUAGAAUCGGGUUUAUUUAUGUUUUUCAAAGUUAUUUUGCUAUUGGUGGUGCUGUCAACAUUUUUCGAUUAUUUUCUAAAAUCCAAACAGCCAAAGGAGAAACAAACCAAGGAAUUUUAUAAAAAUAAUAUAGAAGAACCAGGUUGGCGCCUCUUGACCUCAUUUUCACUUAGCCGCAACUAUUUCCGUCUAACCCAGCCAUAUCGCAGUGAGGUGGGUGAACCAUUUGCCUAUUUAGAUGGUUUGCGAUCGAUAAGCACCGUACUAGUACUCUGUGCCCAUUCCUUCUAUUUAGAAUGCCAGCCAAUUGCAAAUCCAGAAUUUUUUGAAAAUUUUGGAAAAUCCAGCAUAGGAUUAAUGAUUCUCAAUAGCACCGUAAUCACGGAGACAUUUAUGAUAAUGAGUGGUCUGCUGCUGCAUAUGAAAAUUUCUCAAACGAUGACAGUAAGACCGCACAGUAAUUGGAAAAAAUGUUUGCAAAUCUUUGUGCUAAUACAAAUCAGUCGUUAUGUGAGAUUCCUUCCCACCCUGAUUGCCAUGAUCGGUGUGAAUGCAACAAUUUUGCAACGUUUUGGUGACGGUCCUUUUUGGCGUCAUCUCAACGAACCUAGUCGCAUCUUUAGCCGUGAAAAUUGGUGGAAAAAUCUAUUAAUGAUUAAUAAUUUUUCACCGCGGGAUACUGUAAAUCCGUAUACUUGGUAUUUGGCAGCGGAUUUUCAAUUAUUAGCUUUAUACACAAUGUUUUUAAUUAUUAUGUUCAAAUUCCCAAAGUAUAAAAAAUCUAUCCUCCUUACAAUGGGCUGUUUGGCAGUCAUCAUACCAACCACCAUAAGUUAUGUCUUCAAAUUGGAUUCUUCAUUUAUGCUAAGACCAGAAACGUAUCGUUAUAAUUUUAUUAAAGAUUAUAAACUCUAUACCCACACCUAUACGCCAUUCUAUACAAAUUUGGGUGGUUACCUCUGCGGUUUGGUGUGUGGUGAAAUAUAUCAGAACUAUCUGUGCGACGAAGAGAAACGUCAACGGUCAAUUGUUAUAUUCCAUGAACCCUCUAUAUGGACUGCCUUGUAUACGGGUCUACAUCGUAAUUUCUGGAUUAUAUUGGUGUGUGGUAUACCAGUCGUGGCUAUGGCAAGCAAUAGGGAGUCACUUGCCAGUGAAUUUUGUAGUCUACCAAUAUUUCGUGUAUUUGCUCGCCUAACCCCACAAAUUUAUCUGUGGCAUUGCUUGAUACUUCAGGUGACGACGACCUAUCAUCGGCAGCCGCAAUAUCUUAAUAUGGUGCAAUUUAAUUCCCAAACUAUGAUCACUUUAAUGUUUUCGACGGUGGUGGCAUUUUUCGGCUAUUUGCUUCUGGAACUACCAUUUUCACAGGCCUUAGAGGCAUUAGUGGUGCAAAGAAAGAAAGUGGAUACAGUGAAACCUGAGAAGGAGGCAAAGAUCCAAUAG